AUGGCGUUGAGGAUACUAAGGACUUUAGCCCUGGUGCUAAGUGCGGCAUGCGUAUGUCGGUGCAUGCCUGCUGACGACAUCGAGAUGGAACUACGGAGCGGAGUCCUUAUUAAGAUGCUGAGGAUUACAAUAUGGAACAAGAAAUUGGAAAUGGUGAACCAGACGAAGGCAGACACGAUGAACCUUCCAGCGAAUUCGACAUCCAUUCGAGAGAACAUCACUGACACUUUCAGCUGCGAGAAUCGAACUUAUGGCUACUACGCGGACGUGGACAAUGAGUGCCAGAUUUUCCACGUGUGCCUGCCUUCGCAGGCCCCAACCGGUAGAAACAUGACGUACCGUUGGAGCUUCAUAUGCCCUGCAGAGACCGUGUUUAAUCAAGAAGUUUUGACUUGCACCAGACCACGUGACGCCAUUGCCUGCGAAGAUUCCCCAAUGUUUUACGACGUAAACAUGGAGUUCGGGAAAGUUUCUAAUAACAGCAAGGCGCAAGCGGCACCAGAGUCAAAACCAGAGUCUGAAAGUGAACCUUCUAAUAGUCCUGCAUCCAAUACAGAGGCGGUAGCAUCUACACCCCAGAGAUGGAACCAAGCAAACAGGAAGAAACAAAAUAUCGUCGCGCAAACUUUUCUCAAAGAUGGCAACAUUAAAUCAAGAAAGCAAGACAUUAAAGAUUACGGGAACAAAAUUAUGGAAGCGAUAAAAGAAAAUAUUAAAGACUACAAUCAUAAUGUAGUGCUAACGAUGAAUCAAGAAUUUAGUGAGCUUAACCAAGGAAUACAGGGCCUAAAAGAGGAAAUAAAAGAAGUUGAAAAGGAUAUUAUUAAUGAAACUGAUGAAAUAAAAGAAAGUGAAAAAGAAAAAACGCAGACGAUAAAAGAUAACGUUAAAGAGAUCAUACAAGAUGAAGAAGUCAUGGAUAAUAUUAAAAGGAUUAUUACAAAUGAACUGAAGCAGAGUGCAAUGCAAUCGGACGGCGAAAUCCAACCGAGCGAGAAUGAGCAGACCGUGGAACUGCCUCCUAGUGUAUUGAGGAACAUAGAAGCGAUGAAC